AUGGCUUUCUUUCUUCGGCGGCCAUUCGCCGUCUCUUCGGCACUAAAGCAAGUUCCCAGGCUUUCUAACACUGCUCGCUUCAUUUACAACUCCCCUAUCAAGUCUACCCAGGCCGCUAAGCCACUGAGCACUUCCUCCGUCUUCGCCAAGUCCCGCCAGAACUUCCAAAAUGCCUUCCGUCGCACCUACAUGCAGCAGACCUUCAACAGCCAAAGUGGCAACAUGGGCCAGAAGCUGGCUUACGGCGCCGCCAUCAUUGGUGGUACCGUCCUUGCUACCAACUUCAUCUUCAACCGUGAAACUCGCGAAGAUGGUGGCAUGCCCGAUUACGAGCGAAGCUUCCUGAAUGAAACUUUCAUGCACACUGGUCUUGGUCUUGGUAUUAUUGCUAUCGCUGCUCGCGCUCUCCACACCAAUGGUUGGUCGGUCCGUUUGAUGACCAUGAGCCCUUGGGCUGUCCUCGGUGUUGGUCUGGUUGGCAGCAUUGGCACCAUGUACGGCACCAUGUACACCUCCCCGGAUAACUACGUUAUGAAAUACGGUCUUUGGACUGCCUUCAACCUCACACAGGCUGCGCUUCUCUCCCCUCUAAUGUUCUACAACCCUGCUCUGCUCGCUCGUGCCGGUAUGUACACCGUCGGUCUGAUGGGCUCAAUUGCCUUCGUCGGUGCAACCGCCAAGCAAGAGAAGUACUUGUACCUCGGAGGUCCGCUCCUCGCUGGUGUCACUCUUGUCGCUCUCUCUGGUCUUGCCCCCAUGGUUCUCCCCGCCACUGCUGCCCGCACAUUGAUGUGGUCUGAGCGUAUUUGGCUGUACGGUGGUCUGGCUGUCUUCGGUGGCUUCACUCUCUAUGAUGUCCAAAAGGUCCUGCACCACGCUCGCUUGUCCCAGCGGGGCCUGAUGAAGCGUGAUGUUGUCAACGAGAGUGUUAGCCUCGAGCUGGACUUCAUUAACAUCUUCGUUCGUAUGGUCCAGAUUUUGGGCAUGCGCGGCAACAACCGAAAGUAG